AUGAAGCAAAAUCAAAAAAAUGAGGAAACUCAAACAAAAAUCUACAAAUAAAAAAUCUAAAACUACAUAAAUCAUUAAAAAAGAGACCCAAGAAUUAAAGAUAUGACUAAUGAAAAGAUCCUAACUAAAUUGUUAUUAGAUUCAUUGAUGAUAGAAGAUAAUCAAUAAUAUAAUACAAGAAUUUUUGAUGUUAUCAAAGAAUCUAUUUGGAGUUAUCAAAUUAAAAGUAAAUCUAUCCUUUAAAAUAGAAUAAAUUCUUAAUAAGAUCAUAAAUAAAAAUGAUAAAAUAUAAUCAAUUGUUUCUUCAAUGUUAUUAAUAUUAGAUGGAUAUUUUAAUUACAAUAGUAAGAAAUUCAACUUGAUCUACUUAAAAGUUCCAUAUGUUUUGAGAUAUCAAAGUUUUUUUUUAUUUCAAUCUACAGAAAAUUUCAGUGUUUUAUUUGAAGUUGGCUUACAUAAAUAGUAUAAUGAUACCAAACAAUAAGUAAAUCUAAAAAUUUAUAUUAGUAUUGUUAUUUUGAUAUCUUUUAAAAAAUUACUUUUAUAGAUAUCUUCUUUUUUUAAAAAGGAUAAGAAAUUACAGAUGCUAUAUAAGAAUAUUAAAUUAAUAAUUCAAAAGAUUUCUACAGAAUGGAAUUAGACUAAAUAGAAUGUGUUAGUGUACCAUUAACAGGAAACGAUGCCAAAUAGUAGAGCUACUUAUUUUAAGUUUAAAAUAAAAUUUGGCCUGAAUCAUUAUAUUUUUAAUAAAGUUAGAAUUUAAUUUAAUGGAUUCCUUUAAAAUUUAAAUAACUUAUAGAAAAUAAAUCGGAUCUCUUAUUUAAAGGAUAGUUUAUAAAGAAAUCUUAUUAUGAAAAGUUAUAAAAUUAAUUUCAUUAUGAAUAGAUUGGAAAUUAAAAUAAGUAUAAAUUAAUAUAAUUUGUUGAUUUUGAAUCUGUAGGCAAAAUUUUAGAUUUAUUGUAAAGAUCUUAAUAAUUUAAAAUAAAACUAUCGGAUUAGGAAAGAUAAAUUGUUACUACAAAGAAUAAUGCAUUAGUUAUUGGUAGAAGUGGAACAGGAAAAACAACUAGUACUGUAUUAAGAAUAUUUGCUACAGAAAUGUUAGUAAAAGUAAGAAGCAAACUACUUGGUUAAAAAAGAAUAUAAUUUUUGUAAGAUUAUUAAGGAAAAGAAGUUUAAAUUCAUUCCUUAUUUUCAACUGCUAAUAAGUAUUUAGUAUAAGAAGUAGAAAAGUAUUAUCAUAAAUUAGAAAAAUAAGCUUAAGAAAUUAUAAAUAGUCAUAGAGAUUCAAAGACUUUUAAUUUAGAUGAAUCAUUGUAAUUUAAAACAUUUAAUAAAUUAGUGUUUCAAUUAAUGAAAGUGUCAUAUCAAACUAUGAAUCUGAUAUAUUAGAUUUUGUUUCACUUUAGCCAGAGGAAUAAUGCCCAUAUAAUCAAAAUAGAGGAAUUCAUUAAUAAGAUAAACAAAAUUUGAAUGAAUAAUCAUUGUAAUAAACUAAGUUUCCUUGUUUUUUAUCAACAGAAUAGCUUCUAAUUCUUUUAGAUAAAACAUCAUAAAAUCCAUUUUUCUCAAUCGAAAAAAUUAAUAAAUUUAGAUUAAAACACAGUAACAAAAUUGGAUUCUAAGAUUUUAAUGGAAUAAAUUUAGAUGAAUGGUUUCCUUAAAAUAAAAAUGUUUAAUCUUAAUCCUCUUUUUCAAAUGAUAUUCAACAUAAAUAAGAUAUCAUUUUACCUGAAGUUGAUUUUAUGUUAUUUUAUUUAUAAUUUUGGCCUUAGGUUUGUGGAAGAGGAAGAAACAAUUUUGAUAAUACUGCUCUUCCAUCAUUAAUAUGGACAUAGAUUUACUCAUAUAUAAAAGGUUCUUAAUAUUCAUAUAUUUACCCUAAUAGAUGUCUUCCUUUUCAUUUAUAUAAAGAAAGAGUUGGAAAUUAUUUAAGUGAAACAUAGAUGAUAGAAAUUUAUGAUUGCUUUUUAAAAUAUGAAAUUUGGAAAGAAAAAGAAUAAUAUAUAGAUCAAUUAGAUCUGAUUAAUCAAUUAUUAAUUAAUAUAGAAUAAAAUGAAUUAAUUCGAUUUCCUUUUCACUAUUCUUAUAUUGAUGAAGUGUAAGAUUUACCUUAAGCUAUGAUUGAACUAUUUUGUAAAAUAACAGAAUAAGGAAUAAUAUUUUGUGGUGAUUCAGCUUAAAGUAUUCUGAAGGGAGUAGGAUUUAGAUUUUCUGAUUUAUAAACUAUUUUUAAAACUUCAAAAAAAAUAGGAUCUAAUUAAUUAGAGAAAUUUUAAGUNUAUUGGUAGAAGUGGAACAGGAAAAACAACUAGUACUGUAUUAAGAAUAUUUGCUACAGAAAUGUUAGUAAAAGUAAGAAGCAAACUACUUGGUUAAAAAAGAAUAUAAUUUUUGUAAGAUUAUUAAGGAAAAGAAGUUUAAAUUCAUUCCUUAUUUUCAACUGCUAAUAAGUAUUUAGUAUAAGAAGUAGAAAAGUAUUAUCAUAAAUUAGAAAAAUAAGCUUAAGAAAUUAUAAAUAGUCAUAGAGAUUCAAAGACUUUUAAUUUAGAUGAAUCAUUGUAAUUUAAAACAUUUAAUAAAUUAGUGUUUCAAUUAAUGAAAGUGUCAUAUCAAACUAUGAAUCUGAUAUAUUAGAUUUUGUUUCACUUUAGCCAGAGGAAUAAUGCCCAUAUAAUCAAAAUAGAGGAAUUCAUUAAUAAGAUAAACAAAAUUUGAAUGAAUAAUCAUUGUAAUAAACUAAGUUUCCUUGUUUUUUAUCAACAGAAUAGCUUCUAAUUCUUUUAGAUAAAACAUCAUAAAAUCCAUUUUUCUCAAUCGAAAAAAUUAAUAAAUUUAGAUUAAAACACAGUAACAAAAUUGGAUUCUAAGAUUUUAAUGGAAUAAAUUUAGAUGAAUGGUUUCCUUAAAAUAAAAAUGUUUAAUCUUAAUCCUCUUUUUCAAAUGAUAUUCAACAUAAAUAAGAUAUCAUUUUACCUGAAGUUGAUUUUAUGUUAUUUUAUUUAUAAUUUUGGCCUUAGGUUUGUGGAAGAGGAAGAAACAAUUUUGAUAAUACUGCUCUUCCAUCAUUAAUAUGGACAUAGAUUUACUCAUAUAUAAAAGGUUCUUAAUAUUCAUAUAUUUACCCUAAUAGAUGUCUUCCUUUUCAUUUAUAUAAAGAAAGAGUUGGAAAUUAUUUAAGUGAAACAUAGAUGAUAGAAAUUUAUGAUUGCUUUUUAAAAUAUGAAAUUUGGAAAGAAAAAGAAUAAUAUAUAGAUCAAUUAGAUCUGAUUAAUCAAUUAUUAAUUAAUAUAGAAUAAAAUGAAUUAAUUCGAUUUCCUUUUCACUAUUCUUAUAUUGAUGAAGUGUAAGAUUUACCUUAAGCUAUGAUUGAACUAUUUUGUAAAAUAACAGAAUAAGGAAUAAUAUUUUGUGGUGAUUCAGCUUAAAGUAUUCUGAAGGGAGUAGGAUUUAGAUUUUCUGAUUUAUAAACUAUUUUUAAAACUUCAAAAAAAAUAGGAUCUAAUUAAUUAGAGAAAUUUUAAGUUUAUUAAUUAACCAAAAAUUUUAGAUCUCAUAAUAAUAUACUUUAAUUGGCUAAUUGUAUAAUUAUAAUACUUGAACUUUUAUUUCCUCAUAGUUUAGAUCACUUAUAAAAAGAAAUUUCAAAUCUUAAAGGUCCAAAACCUGUAAUUAUUUCAAAAGCUGAUCCUUCCUUAAUUUUUUGUUAUUUGAGCUAAGAUUGUGAUGCUGAAGAAUAAUGUGAAAUAGAAUUUGGCUAUAAUCAAGUUAUAAUCGUAAAAAGUGAAGAAGCAAAAGAAACUUUACCGUAACAUUUUAAAACAGCGAGAGUACUUACAACUUACUAAACAAAGGGAUUAGAAUUUGAUGAUGUUAUUCUAUAUAAUUGUUUUAGUUCUGAUCCCAUUCCAGAAUAGUAAUGGGCCUUUUUAUCUUGUCUAGAUGUAGAUGAAUCAUAUAUUGAUAAGCAAGUUUUUGAAGCAUCUAUAACAUGUAUAUUUAUAUUCAUAUAAUAGAAUUUGAGGAGUAAAAUAGUUAGUGUGAUAUAUAAAUAACAGAAGAUGGAAAGUAAGUUGUUUAAAAAAAAAUAACUUUAAAUUAUAGAUACGAUAAAAAAAAAACUAAUGAUUAUUCGACUCUUUGUAAUGAAUUGAAGAUGUUAUAUGUUUGUGUAACUAGGGCUAAAAAGAGAGUAAUUAUUUAUGAUGAUGACCCAUCAUAGAGGUAUCAUAUAGAAAGAAUUCUAAAAUAAUAUAAGGUUUGUGAUUUUAUAAGUAAUGUUGAUUAAAUUUAUCAAAUAACCUAAAAAAAUAAUAAAGUUUUUGAAAAGAAUUAAAAAGAAAUUUAAUAAAGAUAGCCAAGAAUAUUGAAUAAUGAGGAAAUGUAAAUAUGGGAAACAUAAGGACAAUUGAUGUUUUAAAAAAAGCUUUAUGAUGAAGCAUAGAAGUGUUUUUAGAGAUGCAAAAAUGAAAUUAUGGCUAAAUUAUCUGAAGCGUUUCUAUUUGCAGCUAAAGGAUCUUAAAAAUUAGCUAAUUAUAAAUCAUAUAAAAUUUAAUUUAAAAAAAAUGGUACUUUAGAUCUCAAAAAAAAAAUGGAUGAAUUAGAAUCACAAUUAAAAUAAGAUUUUCAAAUAGCAGCAUAAUUCUUUAAAACGUCUUAGAUAAAUGAUUUAUAAUAAGCAGCGAAUUGUUAUUACUCUGGUAGGAUGUAUGAAGAGAGCUUUAUUUUGUUUUUUAAUCAAAAAUUAUAUCCGUAAGCUGCUAAAAGUGCAAUAAAGUAUAAAUAAAUUUUGAUAGCAAUUCUAAUUUAUUAUAAUUUAGGCGAUCAUAUGAAUUUAUUAAAAGUACUUUCACGAAAUAUUUAAAAUGAGGGUUUCCAAUACGGGUUUUUUAAAUAUGAUUUCCUAAAAGAAUGUUAAAAUUUUGGCCUUUUAAAGAAAGAUGAAGUAAAAUAGCAUCUAUUAAAUUAAUUAUAAGAUUCUUAACAAAAUAUUUUCCAUUUAUUAGUUUAGAAAUCAAAAAAUAUUGGCAAUAUUAUUGUAGAAAAAGAUGAUUUUAUAUAAAAAAGCAUUUCAAAAAACAUUUUAGACUAAGUUCCAAUAAAAGACCUUUUUGUUAUUGAAAUAGAUAAUAUACUUAAAUCAUAAAUUUAUAUUGAUGAUGAUUUAGAAGAAAUGAUUUAUGAAGAAUUCAAAAUAUUUUGGGAACUUUAUUAUGAGAUAAUAGAUUAAAAAAUGAUAAUCAACAUAUACUCAUAAUAAGAAAUUGAAAAAAUUGUUAAUUCAGAAUAGCAAAUAUAUAAAAAUGAAUCAUUAAAAUAAUUUUUUAUUGAAGUCUUUGAGUAAUUGAAUUAGCAUUAAGUAAUAAUUACUCUAUAUCCAGAAAAAUGGUUAUUUUAUUAGUAUUUUGAUCCAAAAAAAUAAAAACUUCAGGAAUCUGAAAUUGAGAAUAACUAGUAUUAUAAUACGUGCUAAUUAUAAAAAAGCAAUUAAAUGUCAAUUUUAUAGCUAUUAUUUUUAGAUGAAAUUGAAAUAUUAAGAAAAUUUAUUAAACCCUAAAAUAAAGAAUAAAGAUUAUUAUAUGAAGAACUUAAUGAUUUAUUCCUUAUUAAGAAUUACUAUCUUCUUAACUAUUAUUUUAAAAACUAUAAACAAAAUCUGGAUAAAUAAAAUCUGGAUAAAUAUGAUCCUCCGAAAUAUAACACAUAUGAAGAGUAUUUAAGAAAAUUUGUUCAUAUAAAUUUUCCUGAAAAAUUCAAAUUAUUUUUUAAAUUUCAUGUCAAAAUUAACAAUAAUUGUGAAUUAAAUGAAUAAGAUAUAUAAGAGUUAUUUAAUUUAAAAUAUUAGAAGGAAUAAUUUAUGAUUAUUUUGCAUUUUUUUCACAAUCAUAAUGACAAAUUUGUGGAAAAAUUCAUUAAAAAUUUUAAUUUUUAAUAACUUUUAUUUUUAGGAAAGUUUUUAAUAAUGAUAGUUCAUCUAUUUAAAAUUGAUUACCAAGAUAAUUAAUAUUAUUAAGAUGUAUUUUCAUCUAUUUGUUCGAUAAUUGGAGCCUAUAAUUCAAAAUCUAAGCUUUUUAAUUUCUUUGGAUAGAGUAUGGCAUUUUAUUUUAUGAUUGACAAUACUGAAGAAUUAAUUCUAACAGAAAACUUUGAUAUUGAAUAAAAAAUUUAAAACUCACUUUCAUAGAAAAUAAAUUAACUACCAAUUCUAUAAUUAAUAUUUAAUAAUAUAAUUUUAUAAAAAGGUUAUAUUAAUAAUAACCUAUAACAAUAUUUAAUAAGUAAUCCAUCUUUAAUAUCAGAUUUAGUAUUCAUAAUCAAUAAUGUCUGUCAUUAAAUUAAAAGUAAUAUUAUUCAAAAAAAGAAAUCUAUUUUUAAUUUAAUUCAAGCUAUAUAAAUUUUAGAUUCACUAAAAAUAUAAAUUCCAAAAUGUAUAAUAGAAAUAAUAGAAGAAAAUUAUAAAUUCUUAUUAAGUUUAAUUGCUUUUAACACUUUUUGUAAAAAUUAAAUAUCCAUAAAAUCAUUAUAGCAUUGGGUGAAUUUUCAUUCUAAGAAAAAUUAAUUUGAUAAUUAUCAUAUUGAAACUAUAAAAAAUGAGAUUAGUUAAGUAAUUUUAAUUUUAAUUCUUCUAUAUAAUGUUGAUAUUGCAUUCAUUAAAAACAAAAAUGAUAUUUCUGAAAUAAAUCUUUAAUAUUUGGCAAUAAAUAAUCAAUAUUAUAUAGAUAAUUCAAAUAAUGAAACUUAGUAAACAGUUUAUAAAGAAGAAAAUUAAGAAAAUUAAUAAUAAUUGUAAGAAAUAAAAGAUACAGAUUAAAAAUAAGAUUUGGAUUAAAAUAAAUGUUAAGAAUUACAAGAUUAAUCUUAAAUUAACAAUUAAGAAAUAAAUUAUGAAGGAGAAAAAAAUGUAUAAUCAAUAGAAAACAUUAUUUAGAUAGAAAAAUAACCUACAUAAUAAUAAAAAUAAUAAAAUUAAGGAUUUUAGGAAGAAAUCGAUUUUAUAAUUUUUGAUGAGUAAAGAUAAUUACUUGAAUACUUAAUAUCUGUUUAUUAUUGUGAUGAUAAUUAGAUUAAUGUUGAUUUCAAUUUUAAAGUAGAAGAGUUAGAUAAUUUAAUAUUAAAUGUUUAUUUAAUCUUGUGUAAAUACAUAAAUAAUGGUUAAAACAUUGAAAUUAAAAAAUUUAUUCAUUAAAAUUUAAUUUUAUUGAAUCAAAAUUUAAUACUCUUAAGUUAAAAAGAAGAUCAAUAUGAAUAAAUUAUAAAUAAUAUUGUACAAAUAAUUAUUAAAUUUGAUAAUAAUGAUAUGGAAAAUUAAAUAUCUUAAUAAAAUAUAAAUGAAACAGUCUAACAAAAAGAUUAAUAAACAUAAAUGAAUGAUUAGUAGAUUAAGAUAGUUAGUGAAUCUAAAAAAUAAUUACAAAAAUAAGAAGAAUUAUCAAAUUAAAUUCCUUAAAGCAAUAUAAUAAUUGAACAAAGUAGCGUUAUUAAGAAUUAGGAUAAUGUUUUAUAAAAUAUAAGAUUAUAAUUGGAAAAAAAAUAAAUUUAUCAGUAUAAAUCUUAUCCUUUAAAAAAUUUACAAUUAAUAAGUUAAAAUUAAAUUAAUUGCAGCAUAUAUCCUUAUAAUUUUAAUUAACAAAAUUACAUCUGUUCCAAUUAACAUAAAAUUAAUCAAAUAUAACUAUAUUUUAUAAUAGAGAAAUAAAGUCAAAAAAAAAUUAGUUCAUAUCCUAUUGGAAAUAAAAAAACAAAUGAGAAUCUUAUUAAAAUCGAUAAAUUAAAAAAGUAAAAUACGUAUUAUAAUUUAGAGUUUUACACAAAUGUAUUAAAUGUUCUAAAAAAUUAGAUAUUUAAGGAGCUUCUUAUUCAAUAUUUAAAGAAUUAGUAUUUUUAUUGUAAAAAGUUAGUGAUUUAGAAUAUGAAUAAGAAUAAAAGUAAAUUUUUAUAAUAAUUAGAUAAAUGGAUGUUUAUUAGAAAAUUAAUGAAAUUGAAAAUAAAUUAACAAAGUACAAAAAUAAAAAAUUAUAAAUUGAUCAGAUGACUCAUCAGAUAUAAAAAAUAUUAAAUGAAUUAUGA